CACUUUUUGCCCGACACGCAGUUUCGUAUGUGAUGGUGGAUCCACCGGACAGAAGCGGAGCGACGCCACCGACCAUGGCAGACACUGAGGACCCGGGUCCAGGCGCUGCCGCUGCCCCUGCCCCUGCCACCCCGCGCACAACCCGGCCGCACUACGUCUCCUUCAGCGAGACGGUGCAGCCAGCAGUCGGGAUGGUUAGCCAACUACUGUGCCAGCAGUCUUCUCUGAAGUUCGACAAAAACAUAAAGCAGGCCUUCUACAACACUGGAGCAAUGAUCUUCGUGGCGAUCUGUUGCGGAGCGGCCGUGUUGGUUUACUUCAUCUUGGAGGCUUUUCUACGGCCGUUGCUGUGGGCAGUGCUGUGCGGCACCUUCCUGCACCCGUUCAAGUACUCGCUCGCCCGGCUGGGACGUUCUUGGCUCAGCAGGCUGCAGGACAGCGGUACGCCGAUAGUGGUGGGGACUCUGCUGGUACCGGUGUGGUGUGUGAACUACGGGGUGGAGACGCUGGGUGGACUGGUCAUAAAGAGACUCAAUGUGUUGUUGGCAAUCGGGGCUGGCGUACCCCUGCUUUAUUUCUUAUAUCUGUUCUGGAGUGUUAUUGGCAUGCAGGUGAUACUCAGCCAUGUAUGCACCAUCAUCUGUUUCAGCCUGGAUUGUUUCAGCACUGUGUGGGUUGGCACUUUAGUUGUGGGCUAUGUUUUGGCUGUGGCAUUUAAGUGGACGCCUGGCAUGGAAGGUUACUUGCAUGCACUGUCUGUGCCCAUGUGGACAGCUCUUAUUUUCUACAUUGUCUCUCUGACAGGGUCCUGGCGAGUACCUGUGUUUGUUGUGGUAGUGCUACUGCUUAUCGUGGGUUCUCAGGAAAAGCCUGCUGUUUCAGGGAAAGGUGAGCUCCCAGGUCUGGUCCUGUCCUUUGCUGCUAAUACAAUCUUCAAGGCAAUUUCCUGCAGUAAUGCCAGCCAUGCUGAGAAGAUACAGGAAGAGAAGAGCACCAAAGAACAAUCCAAAGACUCAUUGGAUUCCUCCAAGGGGGUCUUUAGCAUUCAGUCGUCCCGGCGCCGCAGCAGGCUAGAAUUCAGGGGUCUUAUGCCAAAACAGAAGGCCAGUGAUAUCUACUUUGUGCUGCUUGCAUGGGCUAUAGUGUUGGUGCAGAUCUGGCUCAACCUCUGGAUCUUACAGUUACUGCCCAUCCCUGUUGCUGUUUGGGUCCUGAAGAAGAUGGUUGUUCAUUUUGGGCUGAAAGAUUUCACAGGGCGAAGUCUAGUCAAAUGGUGGGCGGUCCUUGAGAUAUUUGUCAAAGACAGACAGGAGGCUCUACUGCCUGGACCAAUCAGAGGCCUUGCUCAGUUCUUGCUUCGGAUGGACACUAAGCUCUGGCAUUGGCUUAACAAGCAGAUGAUAGUGUGGUUGGAACGCUCCUUGGAUAAGCUGAUCAGUAUAUUUAUUAUUUUCCUUCUGGUAACUGGCACGCUGCUCAUGGCCCUGCUGCUCACAGCUAUGGUGCAUCAUGAGAGUGUUCAUAUCAUAGGGGUCACCAGUAACCUGAUCAAUGAGACCGUUUCCAACCACCCAGAAUGGGCCAACUGGCUCCCAGAGGCUCAAGUUGUACAGAAGGCUCUCAACUCUGCUGCCACUAACGUUUACCAACAUGGGAGAGAAUUGAUCACAAAUAAGCUUCAAAAGAUGUUAGGUGACAAAGUGAACAAUACAGCUGUGAUAGAGAAACAAGCUCUGGAGUUGUGGGACCGUCUCUACCAGUCCUGGAUUGUGAAGAACAUAACUCACACUGGAAGACACCGCGGACACAAGCUAAGUCUUCAGCGCCAGAACAGCUGGCUGGGGGACAUACUUGACUGGCAGGACAUUGCCUCAUUUGUGCAAGAGAAUAUUGAGAUGCUGCUUUCGAUAUUGGAGUCUCUGUGGGUAGUGAUGAGUCGAAAUGUUGGCUUGCUGAUAUCCACUACAACCACACUGCUUACUGUAUUGUUUCACAGCGGGACCGCACUGCUCAACUUUGCUCUGUCUCUGGUGAUCUUUCUGACCACACUGUUUUACCUGCUGAGCUCCAGUGGUGAAUACUAUAAACCUGUUAAGUGGGUUAUCAGCCUCACACCCCUCUCCCAACCUGGACCAUCUUCAAAUGUUAUUGGUCAGUCUGUGGAGGAGGCCAUUAGGGGUGUGUUUGAUGCCUCUCUGAAGAUGGCUGGAUUCUAUGGCCUUUAUACUUGGCUUACACACACAAUAUUUGGCAUCAACAUUGUCUUCAUUCCCUCAGCGAUGGCUGCAAUCCUGGGUGCCGUGCCGUUUUUGGGGACAUACUGGGCAGCACUGCCUGCAGUGUUGGAUUUGUGGUUGGCUCAGGGAGAGGGGGUCAAAGCGCUGUUACUUCUCUUCUGCCAUCUGCUGCCAACGUAUUUUGUUGACACUGCCAUAUACUCUGAUAUAUCAGGAGGUGGACACCCGUAUUUGACAGGCCUCGCAGUAGCAGGUGGAGCAUACUAUUUGGGUUUAGAGGGUGCCAUCAUUGGGCCCAUUCUGCUGUGUAUACUAGUGGUUGCAUCCAACAUCUACAGCGCCAUGCUAAUGAGCCCUAGCAGCAGCCAGACAACUCCAGUUCAAAGCAGCUUCCCUGUACAUCAGGGCAGAUCUUUCACAGAAACCCCUAUGCAACUGAAGAGGGCCAAUGAAUGAAGAGAAAUCUGUCCAGCCUUAUACAUAGGUGGUCUUAAAGGCUACAUUUUGUAUCUUACGGUUGGUUUCCAUGGCAAAAGAAUAACUGCGCUCUCUAAGUGGCUCUUAUAGCACAUAGCAUUAUGAUACCCCUCAGCAUGGACCUCUGUGCUAAAAGUUCACUAAGCACUUAGCACUGUGGUGCUACAUUAGCUAAUGCUUGGAAAUCAGACUUGGAGAGCUACGGUGCUUGCACACUCCAGUGUAAAGUUCAGUUAACACACCUAUGCUUUGUCUAGCACUGCACUGGUGAAUUAUGCUAGUUCAGUUAGCACACUAACAAUAUUUUAUGUUUACAUUGUGCUUUACUGUAAAGGUUCUACUAGCUUAUCAAUGCAGCAUAUCACGUUUUCAGUCUAUAGUUCACAGAUAAGUGGUGUUUAUCAGGUUGUGCUGAUAAUUUGUCCCAUAUUGGGGAUGUUUGGCACUGUUGUUUAUGUAAAUGAUCGUUUAUGUGAAUGAAAGACAGUAGUGUGAAAGGUAAUGUCAGAUUUUACUGUUCAGACAUUUGCAUUUCUUUGCAUGUACGGAGUACCGCUGAUUUAGUUGCUAUAUUUGUUAUAUCUAAAGUAUAACAAGAGUCUGGAGAUAGACUGUCUUCCACAAAGUUUAUUUUUAUCCUUGCUCAUACACAACUGUCUGUAAUUCUCAAAUGGACCUUAAGACCUUGGUGGAUUGAGCAACAUUAGCCUAUACAAAUAUCCUUUUUAUAAACAAACUGUAAUACAGUUUAUGCUGUUUUCUCAUGCUGAACUAGGACAAUUGUGCAAAUGUGACUAACUUAAAACAGUAUUUUCACAGCUCUAUUUUUGUUACAGUACUACUUGUGUUGUUAUGUGUGGAUUUGCAUGCUCGCUCAUCAGCCUUACACUCUCACCUUACCCCGUCUUAAUGAACAAGAUGAACAAGCGUCUAAUGAAUUUUACUCUCCUCUGAUUCUACAGGAAGCACACUGCAAGAAUUAAGGACAUUACAUUACAUCAUUACAUACUGUACUAUGUGUUGCUUUCCAACUUCUUUUUUCACUGUUAUAUUUGUCCUUGUAUGCAACAGUGGAGCCCAAAGUUUUUCAGAUUACAUAAAGUCCUACUCAAGCACACUGUAAAAGGCCUGACUCACUUAAAGGGAUAGUUCACCCAAAAAUGAAAACGUAUUAACCCAACCUAACAUUGUUCCAAACCUGUACAGCUUGCUUUCUCCUGUGGAACACAAAAGGAGAUGUUAGGCAGAAUGUUACUCUUGGUCACCAUUCACUUUCAGUGCAUCUUUUUUCAUACAAUGAAGGUGAAUGCAGACUGAGGUUAUUCUACCCACUCUUUCUAUGGGUUUGGAAUUACAAAAUAUUUAUUUUUGUUUGAAUUUUCCCUUUAACAUCACAAUUUUGUUGUUGUUGUUCAUAAAUAUGCAGCACUGUUAAAUCUUUUUAAUAAACUUGUUCUAUUUUUAAUUGUGUAAAUUUGUGUAAAAUGUAAUAUGAUCUGGCUGAAUUAGGGAAUUGGAUGUUUCUACCCACUGAAAUUAUUUUAGGAAGGGUACAACGGGUCUAAAGGCCUCCCAGGGUAAAAGGCUAAUUUGAUUUGAUUUUCUCCCCAAAUACUAAACACCAACAAAAACUACCACAGUACUUUCCCUAACACUUGCUUGUCACUAUACACAGCAAAAUAUUCCUGAUCCAGCAGAUUAUUGCAUGCAGUGUCUAAAGUUUCAUUUUGAGUUAAUUUGAUCUAAUAUUUAAUAUUUGUUUAAAUGUUGCAAAUAUAUGUUGAAAUUAUCAAAAAAAAAAUAUAUAUAUAUAUAUUUUUAGAUGUAUCAUUUUCGUAUCGAUUUUUUUGAUAAGUGAAAGGAUAAUAUUUGGGGUAAAAAAGCCACCCUGUUGCAGGGGCAAAAGGACCCUAUAAAAUACAUAGAUUUUCUUUAGUGGGGCAAAUGGAUUUAUGAAAAAUGUUCAAAGUGUGCUCACACUGACUGAUCCACUUACAAUGGAGAUUCAUUUGCUUAUAGAAUACUUGAGAUGUUAUGAAAUGCCAAAUAUGAUUGAAAUUAACAGAAAAUGUUUAACCCUUUUUUGAAGUGGAUAUUUUGAAUAAGUAUUAUCUUAAUUUGUUACUCAAAAAAGCAUCUUGCGGUCUCAAAAGUAUCUGCAUAAGUUGAUAAAUUUUGCCUUAUUACUAUUGUCUGUAUACUUAACCCAAGUGUGGGGUAAAAGGCUCCCUUGCCACCUUUAAAAAAAUAAUAAUUUGAAUCAAAACAACCUUCCAUUAUUAUUUCUUUUCAAACAAAUUAUGUUGGUCCAUCAAUAUUCAAUAAAAAUUAAUUUAUUUGUUCAAUCUUGACACUUUGUGAAUGGAAAAAAAGCUAAUUUUGGUAUGUCUUUAGCCACGUUGUACAUCAGUAAAGAACUUUAUUAAAGCAUACAUAAUAACUCAAUCAAGUACUUUAACUUUGUUUUCAUAUUGACCGACUGUUGUAAAAUACUGUACAUUUAAAACAUUAAAUACAAAUAUUUUACUAUUUAAUAAAGCCCAGUGUUUGUGUCUGCUGGAAAAUAUCUCUUGCAUUGUGUGACUCAAAGUGUUAAUAAAAUAAUGUUAUUGUUGUAUGUACAAAGUAUUAUAGAUUAAUAAUAUGGAAUGAUUUUGUUAUAUGCAAUGUGACCUGAUGCCCUCAGAUAAGGUCACAUGUUCCCUGCCAUUCCUCAUAUGUUACAGGCCCUUCACAUUGGAUCUCAGGUGGUAUUGAAAUCGAUUGAUGUCGCCCUUUCUAAAUUACACUGAACUGGGCUAUUGACUCUCUCUCUCUCUCUCUCUCUUUCCAUGGUGCAGUAUGAAUGAAUGUGAGAGGGCUGAUUGCCUCUGCCUCAUUUCUGUGUGGGAGUCCUCUCUCAUCUGUUAAAUGAGCAAGAUGAAAACAGUAAUGGGUGCAUUGUAAAUCAUUUUCUGUAAUUUUAACUAUAAAAGACUGUAUAAAUGCUACAGUAAAAACACUUAAAUUGGUUAACGGGCAGUUGUCAUAAAAUAUACAGUAAAAAAUGAUAAUAUAUUUAAAGACAAAUAAAUGUCAUUUUACAGUAAAAUGUAAAAAAUUACACCUUUUUUAGAUGUAAAAAGUAUGAUUUUACAGUAUAAUUAAUGGUAUAAAUGUAUAUUAUGUUUAACAAGAGAGUACAUGUACUUUUUACAGUAAAUUAUUCUUAAUAUUACGGUAAAAGAAACAACAAUAAUCAGGCACUCCCAGAAUUCCCUGCGUGACCCAUCAUAUUUAAUUAUAUUUAUGGGAAUAGUUGUUUCUUCUUAUUUUUAAUAUCAGUUACGUACAUUGGGGUGUGCUGUUUUAUAUUUAAUGUAGUUUAGUUAAUGUUUACUGCAUUAUUUUAAUUUCACAUGUGUUACCCUGAUGGUGUUUAGUGUUUGUGUGAGUGACACUGAGCACUGUCUCUGCAUGUUUUUUUGCUCAUUGCUCCUGGAAGAGACACUAUUGGUGAACUUUAUGUCAUCAUGUGUUCUUCUGUAAUUACUACGGUGAGUAACAAAACAUUAUAAAGUGAAGAGCAGAUUUUUACAAUUUCAGAAGGUUACAAAGUAUUAAGUUUAUAUCAUUUAAUACUAUAAACGGUAAUGCACCAUAAAAUAUACAGGCAUUAAAAAUCCCGUAAAGCCUGAAGCGUGGUUACCGUAUUUUUUACGGUGAAUUUCUGGCAACCACAGCUGCCAGUUUUUUGCUGUAAAUUUAACAGGAUUUUUUUUUUUUUUUACAGUGUGGUUUUAGUUCUGUUCCUGUAUAAAUUGUUCAAAUGGGUUUUUAACAUUUCAUUUUUAUGUCAAAUGAAUUUUCUUUGAAUUAAAUAACGUCCAUCUAAAACAAACUCAAUGGUGUUCUAAAUGUCUAACCUGAAAUCCUCUGUCAUAACCUACUGUCGCCAAUGCUGACAUUUUCAAAGGUCGUUUUUCACAAACAGCAAAUGUAUUAAUACUAUUCUAAUAAACAGGAUAAUUACACAAUCAUCACAACAACAACAAAAACUAAUAUAAGCAUGAAUUCAUGCUUGCAUGUUAACUAAUACCAAAAAAAGUAAUAACAUUAUGGAAUCAUUGAGGUAAAUUAAAUAUACAGAGAAAAGAGGCAUAGAAAUAAACUUCUUAUUGAUUGGAAUAUAAAUAAAGACUGAUUGCUGCUUUUAGGGAACAUGUCUAUAUAGGCUACUGGACAUGACAUAAGCAACAUGUUAAUCAAUAUAUGUAACAGGCAACAAUUUUAAAGGAAUAUUCUGGGUUCAAUACAAAAUAUGAUCAAUUGACAGCAUUUGUUGCAUAAUGUUGAUUACCUCAAAAAAUAAUUUUGACUCGUUCUUUAGAAAAAGCAAUAAUCAGGUUAGAGUGAGGCACUUACAAUGAAAGUGAAUGGGGCCAAUUUUUGGAGGGUUUAAAUGGGCAGAAUUGUGAAGAUUUUAAUUUUAUAAAAGCACUUACAAUAAUUUUUCUGUUAAAACUCAUGUAUUAUUUGAGCUGUAAAGUUGUUUAAAUCAUUUUUAUUGUCAUUAUACAUACUUUUGAAAGUAUUGAGUAUUGUAACUUUUACUGAUUGGCCCCAUUCACUUCCAUUGUAACUGCCUCACUGGAACCCAGAUUUUUACUUUUUUUAAAGAAAAGAAAUUCAUCAAAAUUAUUUUUGUGAUAAUAUUAUGCCACAAAUGCUGUCGAUUGAGCUUAACUUGUAUUGAACCCGGAACAUUGCUUUAAGACUGUGCUGUCAUUGUGAUAACAGUUUAUUCCAAACGUGUUGCUACUCACUAUUCACUAGGGUGUCUUUUCCAACCAAUCAAUCUUUAUUCUGCCUCAUACACCACAAGUACAAUAUUUCUGUGAAUAAUCAGUAUUUGAAAAGAUGAUAUCAUUCUGCGAAACCAGGUUUCAGGCUCAGAAAUGAAGGAAUGUAUAAAAAGCAGGACUCCCAGUUAUUUUUGUAAUUUCUGGAAAAAUAUACUCUGAAGAGUAAGAACCCUAAAAAGUUUGUAGUUUAAAUGUAAUCUUCCAACUAAAGAUGAAAUACAUUUCUUUUAAUGAGUUACGCUGAUGAUAUUUCUCCAGGCAAACACUGGCUAAUUAGAUUUCAUUUGAGAAAUUGAAAGAGUUUUUUGUUUUUUUCAGCGCUGUUGUCUGUUGAGAAUAUUGAUGUGAGUAAAAUGAAGCAGUAGUUAUGCAAUCAAAUUUUCCAUUAAAUGGGAAUUAAAUAUUUAUUAAGGGCCAAGCUCCAAAAGCCCCUAUAGUGUUUGUGAGCGUUCCCUCUUGGCACUGGCAGCCAGUUAAACCAUAUAGUAAAAGACUAUGAAAUUUGGCACAGUUAUUGGGCAGGGUCCUAAAAGUCUCUCGAACUCUCUAGCGCCACCACUAUUUCAAAUUUUUUACAUCCCCCCCCCCCCUAAACUUUCUGCUGAUAACAUCUGAACUGACUGAUCUAGAACAAUUCUUUUUUCUUCUGAUUUGAUGAGGCAAACCACAUUUAACACAUUCUGAACAAAACACACUAACAAAGUUGAUGGCUAAGACACCAAACAGUAAGUGAAGCUGUCAUUUCAACACUUUAACUGUACAUGUUUUUGGCACCAUAAACUUUUUUUGACAGUGCUACCAAGUCACAAUCUAAAGCAAGUCACAAUGGAUAGUAAACACUUCAAUGGUCAAUGUUGGUUACACUUACAAACUCAAUCUAUGAAAAUUAAUUUGAACCUAACACCCAAAAGCUAUAUAAAUGUUUUUCUUUUUUUUUUUUUUUUUUUUUUUUUUAAGAGUUAUGAAGCAAUUCAAAGUUGAAUACAUUCAUGGAACAUUAUUUCAUUGUCAUGUGCUAUUUUGAUACUGAUCAAAGUGAUAGUUCACCCAAAAAUAAAAAUUCUCUCAUCAUUUACUCAACCUCAUGCCAUCCCAGAUGUGUGAUUUUCUUUCUUCUGCUGUAAAAAAAAACAAAGAUUUUUUUUAGAAGAAAAUCUCAGCUCUGUAGGUCUAUACAAUGCAAGUGAAUGGUAAUCAGGCCUUUGAAGCUCCAAAAAGUAGAUAAAGUCAGAAUCCAGUUGGUUUUGGGUGAGAACAGACCAAAAUGUAACUCCUAUUUCACUGUAGAUCUUGACAGCAGUCUCAAGGCUCGAUCAUGUGUUCAAGCUCAAUUACACUUCCUAUAGCGCCAUCUAGAGCUAGGUGCAUGCAUCAAGCAGUAGGAAGUGUAAUCGAGUUUGAAAUCAUGAUCUUACCUAUCAAGACUGCAAUGGCAAGAUGUAAAGUGAAAAAGGAUUUAUUUUUUGGUCUGUUAUCACCCAAAACCAACUGGAUCGCUUCAGAAGACAUUGAUUAAACCACUGAUGUCUGAUGGAUUAUGUUUAUGCUGACUUUAUCUCCUUUUUGAAUGUUCAAAAGUCUGAUCACCAUUCACAUGCAUUGUAUGGACCUACAAAGCUGAGAAAUUCUUCUAAAAAAUCUUCAUUUGUGUUCUGCAGAAGAAAGAUAGCAUGAUGGUGAGUAAAUAAUGACAGAGUUUUCCUUUUUGGAUGAACUAUCCUUUUAAAGACCUUGCUUGAGUGGUACAUUUUUUUUUUUUUUUUUGCUGCAAUGGAGCCCAAACCCACUAAGAUUCUCACACUAUUCUCAACAAACCAAUAAUUUUAUAAAAACAAUUAUACAGCAGCACGUUUUUGGAUAAUUUCUGGUAUUUUUUUCACCAUGAAAUUGAGUGUAUGAACAAGACAUCAAAAACUAACAGAGAAGUUAAACUGUAAACUUUCUGUGGUUUAUUUCUCCAGCCUGUGAAUCAUCUCAACACAGGACUCUCUAACCCACCAAUCAGCAGGCCAGACCCGCAUCAGGUUAAAAAAAAGAACGAAAGACAUCCCUUUGACAGAUAUAAACACACUCAUUCAUACUCACAUGUCUACAGAUGAUCCUGAGGCCCUGUCCAAAUACUUGACUUUACCUUCAUCACCUCAUCUCCCUCUCUGCAGCUGAACAUUUUAUAAAGAAUUUUCUUUUAUUAUUUUUAUUUUUUUAGAUAAUUUAGAAUCAGUACAUAGAAUCUUUUUCAGAAUCUUACAAUUUUUAUUUAAAAUCUUUUAGAAUUUUAGAAUUUAGAAUCAUUAUUUAGAAUGUUUUUCAGAAUCUUACAUUUUUUAUUUAAAAUCUUAAUUUUAAAUAUUUUUAGAAUCAGAUAAUUUGAAUCUUUAUAUGGCUGGAUAUGUGGAAAUAAGAUGGAACUCAGUCUCUCUCUGCAGGUUUCAUCUAUCCAGUUAAAAAAAAAAAAAAAAAAAACAGCACUGAAUUAGAACCAGGAUACGAGGAGAGAAAGAUUUGUUAAAGCAUUUGGAUAGGGUCAAGAGUUAUUGAGGGCAAAAAUAUCAGGAUUGAUUCCUGAUUCCACAUGACAAAAUUCAGAAGAGAUACGUUAUCUUUCAUUGUCCAUCCUCCUUUGAUAUCAACUGAGCAGCAUCCUUCAGUCUUAAUUUCCUAUUCCUCUUCUGAUAUGACAUUGGAGAGACUGGAUUCACAAAAUUGAAAUGACAGACAAUUUGAAACUAAAAUCAAAAGAAUGAAUCUGAAAUGCAAGACAUAACACAGAGUAAAUCUCUUCAGGCUAUCCGACUGUUUUUACACAUCAGUUAAAAUGUGGUGAGCAGCUCCCAAUACAUCCUAGUCCCUGACACUGGGCACCCGACUAUCAUCUUCAGAUGCUAAAAGUAUCAACUGAUUAAUUCAAAAAGUAAUUCUUGUACAUAAAAACACAUCAGUAACAAUUCUGUGAAAGUAAACAAGUAAGAUAUUAGACAAAAGUUGAAUUCAGUCAUUAUCUCUCGCACAUGUACACAGUGACACACCAAGCCCUUGCACUUUUGGAUGAUAUGACAGAAGAAAAUCCACCUCUUUCUGAUCAACCCAUUUGGUUAUGGGUAAUGCAACUCAUGUCAACUAAAGGGCUGAAACCCAGAGGAAGGCAACAGUUCAGGGUGAGUUCAGGAACAGUCCUGAAAUUGUGUGUUAAAGAGAUAGUUCAACCAAAAAUGAAAAUUCUGUCAUUAUUUACUCACACUCAUGUUGCUCCAAACCUUUCUUUCUUGCAUCUUUUUUCCAUACAAUGAAAGUGAAUGGUGACUGAGGCUAACUUGUGAACCUUCCACAAAGCAAAAAAAAAGUCAAACAUGUCUGGAACAACACAAAGGUAAGUAGAUGAUUACAGAAUUUUCAUUUUUGGUGAACUAUCCAUUAAACUUACCAACAUACCUUUAAGAAACAGACAACAAACACGACAAAAGUCCUUAAAAAAAAGAAAGAAAGAAAGAAAUUGAAAAGCGCUGUUAUGUGGCACUCCAAAAAAUGGUGUAAAAAUUUUUUACAUGUACACUGACGAUAUGAAACAUGUCCUAUGAUGUCCUUGAUGAUUCAUCAUCCUGUUAAUUGAUUAUAGAGCUAUACAGUGAUUGAUUGAAGGUAGUCCACUCGCUUGACACUAUAAGAUUGAUAGACAGGUCAGGGCAAUGCCAACAUUUGUCAAUGGCCAGUAGGGGGAGUCCCUGCUUCUAAGGUUGGGCAAACAGAUAACAGACCACUGUAACAUCCACAGAUCCAUCCUGAUAUGCGACACAACGGCAUUCACACACAUGCACUCAAACACACAUGCUAGCCUCUCCUUCAUGUGCUAAAUACCCUUCAUUUCUAAAAGGCUUUAAAAAUAAUUAAAUUAAACUAAUAACAGGGUGAAAACAAUCUGGCUCACAUACUCUCAUCACAGACACACAAACAAACACUAAUACUCUAAAAGGAGGCGUUCUCGUAAACAUAACCAAAGUGGCCCCUGCUCCUUAAACGAGGAGGAUAAGGGCAUCAAACUCAAGUUUCUCUCUCCACAAAAAAAAAAAAAAAGUGGUUUUUUUCUCUCCAUAUUUCGUUCUGUUCCUCAGCAAGGUGGAGUGAUGGGGAGAUUCAUAUACAUAUGCUACAGUUCUGUUCAUUUAUAUCAUUUAAAGGCAGACCAUAAGGGAUUGAGAGAAAAGCAGUCCUCUCUCUCUCUUUCUCUCUCCAC